AUGUUAGGCGAUCUGGAGAGCAUUAGGAAAAUCCUGCCAGCGGAAAAGGCGGCCACAGGUGGAUGGGAAAUGAGUGAUUUUCCGGAAAAUUCCAUGGAAAUGGCCAGAAAAAAUCAUCGAGGAACGGGAAGACUGUGCAUGAUCUUUCGACUGGGAAAGCAUCCACGUUGCGAGUUCAUCAAUGGAUUUCCUCCAGCCGAUUCAAAUACACCCAUAGUCCGUCGUCCAGAUGUUUGGUCGCAUAUGCAGAUUAAGUUGGAAGCAGAUCAUGUUGCCCAGGACGAGGAGGAGGACACCAGGACGCCAGGACUGCUGGACUCCGGGACUGGGAACCACAAACAGAUGCCAGACAUAAACGAAGGAGACGGAAAUGGGGCAAACUAA